AUGAACAUUUGCUAUGGGAGCGAGGCUAACACAACGUUGCGGUUGCUCGGAUUGCUGCCAAUGAGUGGUCAAGGAUGGAUCGGGGGCGAGGCGGUGCUACUUCCGGUCAAAAUGGCGCUCCAUGACAUCAACAAUGAUCCUCGCAUCUUGCCUGGAUACAACCUGACGUACAAUUACAUAGACACAAUGUGCACAGAGGGCGUAGCCGUGUAUCGGAUGUUCCGGGAGCUACAAGCGGGUCUGCCAUAUCACAUGGUGCUCGGUGACGGCUGCUCAACAUGCUCCGCGGCCACCGCACAAGUUUCAUAUCUCUGGAACCUUACUCAGCUUAACGGCAGUGCAAGUGCACUUAAACUGAGAGGACAUCUUAUCGAAGAGCGUAAGUUAUCAUACGGCUCCUCUUCGCCCAUCCUUUCAGACCGUAAAAGAUUCCCAAAGUUCUUUCGGAUAGUGACUCCGGAGCAGAAGGUGAACGAGGCAAGGAUCCAACUGAUGCGGAAAUUUGACUGGAACAAGGUCGCCACAAUCCAUCAAGCACUCGAAUUUUUCUCCGUGGUCACGGACGACUUUGUUCGGAGAGCUUCGGAUCUGAAUGUCACUAUAAUUACCCAGGAGAUUUUUGUCCACGAUCCCAUGUCAAGGGUCAAGAACCUGAAGGAGCAUGAUGCGAGGAUCAUCAUGACAGCGAUGUAUGAGGACAGAGCGAGAGCAGUGCAGUGUGCAGCUUACAAGGUGGGGUUGUACGGCGCCAAGAUCGUGUGGGUGUUCGCGGGCUGGUUCUCCAGAACUUUCUGGCUGGUGAAACAGGAUGACAUUGACUGUACUCCGGAGCAGAUGGCCUUGGUUGCAGAGGGUGCCUUCUUUACUUCAGCCGUGCAUUUUAACCCCAUAGAAGAGAGGGGUAUUCACGGAAUGACGGUUUCAGAAUUCUUGGACCGCUACUACAAAGACCCAGAUUAUAACCCAGACCUUGAAAUAUACAAAGUUGCCUUCGGCCAGUCGUACGACCACAUCUGGAUUGCGGCCUUAGCACUGCACUGCACCGACACUGAACUAAGACGUAGAGCCAUCGAAAGUGUAGAUAGUACCAAGGUUAAUCAAUAA